AAACGAAUCACAUUGUUUAUUGUAACUGAAAAAGAAACUUCAAGACAUUAAAUUCUCACUGUUACUCGAUAAACCAAAACGUUCCACUUUUCCCUGUUACAGUCCUUAAAUAUCAUUCUUUGUUCAAGUGGAUAAAACACUCAAAUUAAGCAACCAAAACAAAGGACUUAUUGACAAUUUGGAAUUCAUAGUCAUGGAGACCUCUAAUGGCGUUGACAAAUAUGACUAUGCAAAAGAGCUGAAGGAAUUCAUCGACACAAAAGCUGGAGUGCAAGGGCUUGUGGAUUCUGGAGUUGCAAAGAUUCCUAGAAUAUUCAUCAAGCCGGAAGAGGAUCAAUCAUCUUUACAAACCACUUUUACCACUCAUCUCCAGGUUCCUAUAAUCGACUUGAAUGGCAUAGAGAGUGGGCAGCGAAUCCAGAUUGUCAACAACAUACGCCAAGCAGCUCAAACAUGGGGUUGCUUCCUUGUCAUCAACAAUGGGUUCCCAGUUUCCUUGCAAGAAACUAUAUUGGACAGCGCACGCCAGCUCCACGAGCAACCCCAGGAGGUGAAAGCACCAUGGUACUCACUGGAUGCCCAAAGAAUGGUCAGGUUCCACAGCAAUGGAUAUUUCAUUGCAUCGACCUCGGCACAAUGGAGGGACAUUUUAACCUUUUUCCAUGUUGAAGAGCUUCAGAAAGAACAAAUCCCUCAAGUUUGCAGGGAUACCAUGACUGAGUACCUGAAACACAUAAUGCAACUCAAGGAGACCAUCUCUGGAUUGCUUUCAGACGCUCUUGGGCUCACCCCUGACUUCCUCGAAAAAAUCGAGUGCCUAAAUUCUGCUUCCACUUCUUUCAUUUAUUAUCCGGCUUGCCCUGAACCAGAUCUGACAUUCGGUUUAGGAAAACACACCGACCCAAAUUUCUUGACGUUGUUGUUACAAGAUGAGAUUGGUGGCCUUCAAGUUCUUCAACAGAACAAGUGGGUUGAUGUACCAACGGUGAAAGGAGCUGUAAUGGCAAAUUUGGGAGACUUAAUGCAGCAAUGGCAAAUUCAAAAGCGUGGAGCACAGAGCGCUGGCAGGACGGGUCGGUCCCAGCGUGUCCGUUGUGAGUUUCUGCUUCCUGCAAAUGAUGGGAGGCAAUAUGGACCAAUAAAAGAGCUUUUGUCUGAAGAAAACCCUCCUAUAUACAGGGAAACUACAGGUCUUGAAUAUAUAACCUAUUAUCGAACCAAGGGGCUUGAUGGCAGGCCUGCACUAUCUCAUUUCAAGCUGGCACCUUAGUCCAAGCACUAUAUUUUAUUUUCUAGAAAAAAAAAAGGAUUUAAUCACUAAUUUAUCUAAAUCUAGAUAUCGAUAGCAUAAGUUAACCAGACGAGAUCAGGGCUCGAUUCAUUCUUUGAAGAAUAAUUUUAUGUUAACCAAGUGACCUAUGCUGCUGCUAAUUAAACUACUAAAUUCGUUCGUCUAAUAAAAAAACCUCGGUUUGUCAUGCUUGACAUCAAGUUAAAUAUUGACAAUUUUCCGA